CUCCAUUUCUCCCACUACUCUACUUAAAUGUAGCCAAUAAUUCAAUUCAAUUCAAUUCCGAUCCUCAUUCAUUGAUAGAUUUGGCUCGAUCAUGGCCAUGCCAUGGAGGAGGAGGAGCCGCAAGCCCAAGGCCAAGCCGGCCGCCGAUCUGCCGCCUUCGACGGUCCCGGAGAUCGCCAUCUCGCCGCACUUCCGGUGCCCGAUAUCACUUGAACUGAUGAAAGAUCCGGUGACGGCGUCCACCGGCAUCACCUACGACCGGCAGUCGAUCGAGACGUGGCUCGAGCUGGGACACGCCACGUGCCCGGUCACCAAACAGGAGCUCCGCUCCGACGUGCUCCUCCCCAACGUCGCCCUCACCAGGAUGAUUCAGUCCUGGUGCGAGGCACACAGCGCCCUCGGCGUGGAGCGCAUCCCCACGCCGAAGGUCCCGCUCUCCGUGGCGCAGGCGGAGGAGAUCCUCUCUGGGCUCGCCGACGCCGGCUGCAGGCGCGACGCCGGGAGGUGCGGAGAGCUGGCGAGGAGGGUGAGGGCCCUCGCGCGGGAGAGCGAGCGGAGCCGGCGGUGCCUCGAGACCAGCGGCGCGGGAAGGGCUUUGGCGGCAACUUUUUCGGCGUUUUCGGCGGAGUAUUUUGAAUUCCCAGAGCUUUUGGAGGGAGUGUUAGCGGCAAUGGCGGCGGUGGGCGCGGCGGCGGUGGACGCGGAGGCGGCUUCGUUUCUCGCGGCGCCGGAGUCCUUGAACGUCCUCGUGGAGAUGCUGAGGCACGGCAGCCUGGCCGCGCGCUUCAAUGCGGCGGUCGCGGUGAAGUCUCUGCUGGCCGCGUCGAGCAGGGCGACUUCGGAACUGGUGUCGGCGACCGAGGGGAUGGUGGAGGCGCUGGCAAAACUCGUGCGGGAGCCGAUCUCGCAGCAGGCGAUGAAGGCGGCGCUGGCGGCGAUCUACUACAUGGUGAGCGAGGACGAGAGGGCGGCGGAGAUGGCGGUGGAGCAGGGAAUAGUGCCGGCGCUGGUGGAGUUGCUGGCCGAGCCGGAGAGGGCGAUGUGCGAGAAGGCGCUCGCCGUGCUGGACGGGUUGCUGUGCUGCGAGCGAGGCAGGGAGGCGGCGUGCGGGCACGCGCUGGCGGUGCCGGCCCUAGUUAAGAGGAUGUUCCGGGUGUCGGAGGCGGCGACGGAGCUGGCGGUGUCGGCGCUGUGGAAACUGUGCGGGGAUUGCCGGAGGUGCUCGAGGGAGGCGCUGCAAGUGGGGGCGUUCCAGAAGCUGCUGCUGCUGCUGCAGAUCGGGUGCGGCGAGAAGACAAAGGAGAGAGCAACGGAGCUGCUCAAAUCGCUAAGUGGGCAUUGUUCAGGGAAACAGCAUAUCGACUGUGUUGAUACCGUGGAUUUUAAGGGAGUUAUCAAACACGUCUAAUCAUAUCACUAAGAUGUUCUUACAAAAAUCUUUUAAAAGAUAAUUAUUAUAUAGGUUAAAAUCCUCUCAAUUCAAUAGUAUGUUAGCUCCAUGGAUGGAUACAGAUACAGAUGGUAUUCA